AUGGAGAAAUUCAGUACUUGGAGAGAUAAGGGGCCCGGGAUUUCACCCUUCAUGCCCCCUGAGAGUGCUGAGUCUUUUGCAUUCAAGUUCAUCGUUUCUCCUGUGUUGGUAUGCGUGAAAGCUCCCCUUUUCGUGCUUCUUUAUUUGGCUACAUACAUCGCUCCCAAACCUGCUAUAAAGUUGGCAUUUUCAUGGUUACUAGGUAUCAAGGACAUUGACUUGCUGGUGGAGGGCAUAAGAAAGACUAAAACAGAGGAAAUUAACCGCCAUAAACCUCAGUUGAACGAUGUCGUUAUCGUGAAUCUGAUUUCCCCACUUGACGUGUUCAUUUUGUUUGUGGUCUCUGCUGUCAAUUCUCUCAGACAAAUUGUGGUUGUUGUCUCUAGCCCCGAUGGAUUAAUGAGGUUCUCCGUCUGGGAAUAUGUUUCCUUUAUGUUUUCAGACUUGGAUAGUCGCUUUCCAAAAGAUAAUAAGUUGUCCUCGUUUAAAGAACUAGAGGGAAAGAUGGUAAUUUUCUUCCCAGAGGGUACAUCAACAAACAAUAAGGCUAUUCUUCCAUUCAUUCAAAUACCAGAAUCUUUUUUGUCUAUCCCUGGGUUUUCGUAUAAGACCAUCGUGUUGAGGAUGUAUCCCAACAUUUUGACUCUCCCCGUCCCACACAUGACAAAGUCCCAAUACAUAAGAAAGCUGCUUUCCCAGAGGGAGAAAACAUUCGUCAAGGUCAGGAUUGUACCAAACGAAAAGGCCUCCUUAAACGCUUCCAAGGUCAUCUUUGCUGAAAAUGGUCUCAACACAGUGCAGUUGGGACUCAAGGAAAAGAAAGAUUUUUUUACCUUCUAUCGAAGCUACACUGUUUCGAAGUUAACCAAGUGA